AUGAACAUUCAAAGUUCAUCCACAUCAUCUUCCUCCGAGGGGAGUACCACAAGGCAGCGUUUCAGAGACCCAACAGACUACACGUUGGUGAAAGAACUGAGUACAGCGUGUCCUGGAGUCAAUAGCCAGUCCAGAAUUGUGGACUUGGAUGAGGCUAAGAAGGAGGCUUUCCUCCUUCAAACACAGAGGCUGCGUGCUGCAGAGUUAGCACGAACCAACUCUGUGCUGCGGAGGCUGGGACUCUGCAGCCAACAGGACCCCCUCCCUUCACCUCCACCCCCAGAUGCUCUCAGAUGCAGGCCUGCAUCACCGCUCCAACGAAGGAGGAUGAGACCCGCUUCAUCAGUCAGUCUUCCUAAUUUGAUGAAGGAGGACACAGAGGAGAUGAAGAGAUGUCAGAGGAGUCCAGACACCCUGUACGGGGAGGGGUACCAGCUGAAUCCAGGCAGAGACCACAUCUCCAGCCCAUCAGCUUCUGUGAGCUCUGAGGACUCCCUCAGCAUGGUGGAUGCUCACACUCCCCGUGAGCUGAAGAACAUCCCGCUCAUCUACACCCCAUCCCCUCCCCCACCACCAUCAGCUCCUCUACCCAAAACAAGAGCAAACCGUCUCUCUGUGAUGACGACGAAGCUCAGGGGACCAGGUCAGUUCAUCAUUAGACAAACUGAAAGUCACAACGACACAGCUGAAGACAUUUAA